UGCUGUUGGUGUUCCAAAAGUUCCUUCCGAAGUAUCCUCAACCCGAGCAGAAAUGCAAGGUGUCUGGAAACUUGCUGCCAACCGGCUAUCAGCCGCCAAAAUUCUUGCUUUUGAUGUAGAUAUAUUUCAAACAGACCAUUUUGCCACAGGUAUCUCCUCCAACUGGACUAUUACCAUGUGCCUCUGGCAACGAGGGUAGAAGCGUUAUGUUGAUGACUGAAGCUGCAGAUAAGAUGAAUGAGACUGCUUUUGGGACUAAUAGUUCAUCUUACUUGUCUUUCAAUCCAAUUAUGGAGACUGGCGGAGUAACUAUACUCUCUCUCUCUCACGGACACAUGUACACUCAUAUUGCAUAGUUUCCUGUCUAUUUCCAGUCUCUGAAUGUGUUUUUACUAUCGGUUGCAGGUAAACGAGUUUCAAAUUGAGGGUUCAGUUGAUCCAAAUAACUCUCUCCAACUUCACAGUAUGGAAGCAACUCAAAAUGAACAGAUAUGUAAUGAAACAACUGAUAUCCCUAUGUUUACUGAAGAGGAUGUCCGGGGUAGUGAUAAGAAUCCAGAGGUAAGGGCCUUUAAUGCAGUUGGUGGUAUUACGGAGCAUCCUCCGUCUCUUGAAAAGCAACAAAAUGAGGGUGCUGCUGGUGAUACUUCAGUUGAAGAUGGUCAUAAUUGGAUUAAAUAUGGGGAAAAUCAAGUUAAAGGAAGCGAGUAUCCUCGGAGUUUUUAUAAGUGCACACAUCCAAAUUGUCUUGUCAAGAAGGAAAUAGCGCGAUAUCAUCAAGGUCAUGUCACGGAAGUUAUAUACAAUGGGGCUCACAAACACCCAAAACCACAGCCAAAUCAGAUAUCAGGCCCCGGAUCUUCAAGUUCAUUUGGUGACCUCCAACUAGACAAUGUGGAUCCAACUGGAACAGGUGUUAACAGUGAUCUGGCUUUGGAAACCGUCCAACAAGGACCUACUGCUGGAGGCCUCAAGCGGAAGAACGACAAUCUUGAAGCAAUAUCAUUCGCAGCUUUGCACUCUGAAUACUGCAGGGGAGCUGCUACUUUACAUUCAAAUGAUGCUCAGCUGGGAUCAGCCGAUACAGUUGACAUAGCAUCUAUUUUUUCAACUGAAGGAGAUGAUCAUGGUACUUGUGGAAGUGCACCUCUAGAUUGUGACGAUGGAGGAUAUGACCCCGAGUCUAAAAUAAGGUUUUUACAUCUUCUGCACUAAAAUGUAGGAUUUCCGAUAUAUUACAUCAUAUGGACCUAUUGUCAUUUUUCUUUUCUCUUUAUUCUUUGAUAAUCUAGGAAGAUAGAAGCGGAUGCAACAGAUACGAGCAGCGUCAGCAGAUCAAUGAAGCAGCCAAGAAUUGUGGUAGAAACUAUCAGUGAGGUAGACGUCAUUGAAGAUGGAUAUCGCUGGCGCAAGUAUGGCCAAAAGUUGGUUAAAGGCAAUCCAAAUCCUAGGUUUGUUAUGUUCAUUGACCUAUUUCAUUCUUAAAAGUUCCUAAUUUGUCUGUUGUAACUUUGAACCUGUGGCGUGCGCCUGAGACACGCAUCACUCACUGAAUUGUUCGCUUGAACUGAUAGAUUACUU